AUGGCCAAGCGCAAGCGCCCACCGAGUCCUCCCGUUACCACGCGGUCUGCGAAAAAGGCAAGAGAUGACAGGGCAUCACGUCGCGCAGCUGCUCAAGAUAUUCGCGACCAAGCUCGUCGAGACCAAAUCACCACGCUCAAUGCUGUCAACUCACCUCUUUUACGCCUCCCGGCUGAAUUGAGGAACAUGAUCUUCACCCACGUCUAUACCGGCAUGAAUUACGAUUUUGACGGAAUUGACGAAGGCUCUGAGACGAAGCCCUCCGAUCGAUACUGCCUAAUAGCCGGCGACGGUCGAUGGCUUGAGCAGCGGACACCGGACAAAUUGCAUCUCGCCUGUCGCCAGAUGCACGCUGAAAUGGCUCUGCUACCCUAUUCACUUGGUAGAUUCCAUUUCGCGGUCGAAACUUCAGGAUUCCAAGGGCUUUGGACCAUGAAAGGGUUCUUGGGAAGGCGAACGAGUGAGCAGACCGAUGCGAUGGCUAACGUGCAGCUCUCUGAGUGGUCAAAAGCGUUGAAAUGCUAUUGGUACCAACGAAACACUGCUGCACACUGGGUUGCGAAGUUGGAAGUUCUCUCAGCCUCUGUCGCCAAGAUGACCCCAAUGGAACGCUCAAACUUCGAUAUCUCUUCUCUCGGACCGCGUGGUGGUCGGGCGACGCUUUCACAGACCGGAUAA